AUGGCUUCUCCCUCUCCGGACUACAUCAUCAUAGGAGACCCUUCCAUUCAGGUCCUAGUUCCCGAGGCCGGCGAUGACCUCACCGCUGACCCACGAGUCAACGUCCCAGCCUUCUGGACGUCACUUAUAGGUUCCGACGCCACCUGGCAAUUCCAGACCGUGCCACAGCCAGGGCUGGGCGGCCGGUCCAUACGAGCGCCCCAGGGCAAGGCCCUCGGCGGCUCGUCAGCUGUCAACGGACAGGCAUUCAUUGCCCCGGCCCAGGCCGAGAUCGACGGCUGGGCCAAGUUGGGCAAUCCGGGGUGGGACUGGGCAGGCCUGGCGCCGUGGUACAAGAAGGAGUACAAUCUUGUGCUCCCGGCGGAUCAGGCCACGCGCGAGCAUCUUGGUAUUGAUUGGAUCAAUGAGGAGUAUCGCGGUACAUCGGGUCCCAUCCAGGUGUCCUUCCCUGGUGUCAUACAGAAUCCACUGUGUAAGGCGUGGAUCGAUGCAUUCCGUGGAUUGAACAAAGCCACAAACGGAGAGACCAAGACGCGGAGCUAUGCCGGCUCAGCGCACGGUGUGCCUGCUCGCCAGCGUCCGAAUGUGAAAAUCAUCACUGGGGCCAAGACCCAGAAGGUCUUGUUCACGGAGACAGGUGCUGGCACGGUGAAGGCCACGGGCGUCCAGGCCCUCAUUGACGGCAAGGUCGAGACUUUCACUCCUAAGAAGGAGGUCAUUCUUGCGGCCGGUGCUUUCAACACUCCCAAGCUUCUUGAGCUCUCGGGCAUCGGCGGCAAGGGGUUACUGGAGAAACACGCCAUCCCAGUCGUCAUUGACCUUCCAGGGGUGGGAGAGAACCUCCAAGACCAUCUGAUGACAGGCAUGAGCUACGAGGUUGUUGGCGAGGUCAUCACCGGCGAUCCACUGAUGCGUCAGGAACCCGAAGCCCUCGCCCAAGCGCAGAAGCUCUACACAGAGCACAAAUCCGGGCCCUUCACCAUCGGCGGCAUGCAGUCCCACGCGUACAUGCCCACACCCGACGCAGCAGGGCUCCUGGACAGCCUCCCACCCCCGCAGCGGCCCCAGGACGCAGAGCAGCAAGACGUCAUCCGCUCGAUCCUCUCGAGCCCGGAGGGCAGCUCGGCGGGCUGGUUCAUGUUCCUGGCGCAGACGAACCUGCACGAGGGCGGCAAGAGCUUCGUGGGCACGCAGCUGCUCCCCGGCAACUUCGCGAGCCUGGGCUGCGCGCAGUCGCACCCCUUCUCGCGCGGGACGACGCACAUCUCGUCCGCGGACCCGGACGCCCCGCCGGCCAUCGACCCGCGGUACCUCUCGCACCCGGCCGACCUCGAGAUCCUCGCACGGCACGUUCGCGCGCUCGAGACGGAGCUGCGGCCGUCGGCGGCGCUGGCGCCGUUCUUCAAGGCUGGUGGACGGCGGAACCACCCUGAUGCGUUCCUGGUUGGGGACCUGGAGGGGGCGAAGAAGUAUGUCCUUGGUACGGCUACCACCGCGCAUCACUCGUGUGGUUCGGCGGCUAUGCUGCCUCGGGAGAAGGGGGGUGUCGUGAGUCCUGAGCUGGUUGUCUAUGGGACGGAGAACCUCCGUGUUGUUGAUGCCAGUAUAUUCCCUCUGAUCCCCCGUGGCAAUAUCCUGUCUUCGGUGUACGCUGUGGCCGAGAAGGCGGCGGACAUCAUCAGGGCUGCCUGA